UGGGUAGAAAAGAGAGAGAUGAUAAAUUAGAGGGGCGACUAUGUGAUACUGGAAUAAUAAGAGAAAAAGACAAAAAAAAAGAAAGAAAGAAUCAUGACUUCUCCACUUCCCUUGAGUUGAGCCUAAUCAAAUGUCCCUUUUAUUACCAAAAUGACUUCUCACGCCACCAGACUCAUCAACACCUUUCCCUUUCUCCCACCUCCUCCCACACUCUCCCAACCCCAAUGGGUUACCUCUCCUGCAAAGCCGGAUCCGCCGUCGCAGUCUCCUCCUCCAAACCCUCCACCACCACCAAACCUCCUCCUCCCGAAUCCCCCCCAGAAGAAACCCGUCCCAAACUACGCCGUUUCCUCCACCGCGACCUCGAAUCCGCCACAAACGGAUUCUCCCCCACCAACCUCCUCGGCCGGGGAAGCCACGGCAGCGUCUACAAAGCCGUCCUCGCCUCCUCCUCCUCCCGCCUCGUCGCCGUCAAGCGCCCUUCCAAAUCACGAGAAAUCAGCCGCGAGUUCCACAACGAGUUCGACAUCCUCUCCAAGAUCCGCAGCCCCAGGUUCGUCAACCUCCUCGGCUACAGCGCCGACAACGCCAAGGAGCCUCUCCUCGUCGUGGAAUUCAUGCCUCACGGAAGCUUAUACGACGUGAUCCACUCGGAUUCAAACACCUCCGUCGCCAUAUCCACCUGGAGCAAGAGAAUCAAAGUCGCUCUGCAGAUAGCCAAAGCCGUGGAGCUACUCCACUCGCGAGAUCCGCCGAUUAUACACAGAGAUAUUAAAUCAGCGAACGUUCUGAUGGAUAAGAACCUAAACGCGAAGCUCGGAGACUUCGGUUUGGCGAUCAGAUGCAAUGUGGAGGAUCACAAAGUCAAAUCAACACCUCCAGCUGGCACGAUGGGAUACCUAGACCCGGAUUACGUGACCGCGGACCGGUUAAGCACGAAGACCGAUGUGUUCAGCUUCGGGGUACUGUUGCUGGAGAUAAUCAGCGGGAGGAAAGCGAUUGAUGUGAGAUAUUCGCCGUCGUUUAUAGUGGAUUGGGCGAUUCCGAUGAUAAAGAGAGGGAAGAUCGGGGGGAUAUAUGAUCCGAUGAUAGGGGCGCCGGUGGAUGUGAGCGUGAGGAAUCAUUUGGGGUUGGUGGCGGCCAAGUGUGUGAGGACGUGUAGGGAGAAGAGGCCAGGGAUGGGGGAAGUGGUUGGGUGGCUCACGGGGUUGACGCAGUCGGUUAGGUCGAGGAGGUGGGAUGAGUUGGGGAUUGGGAACCCGUGUAUGAUGGUUGAGACUGUGGGAAGCAGACCCGUGGAAUGAUUUCAAAAAAAAAGAAAAAAUUAUUUGAGUUUUUAUUAACGUUUUUUUUUAAUCAAGUGCUUCGCUUUGAAGCUAUUUGUUUCUUUUUUUGGUUGGUCAAUUUGUUUAUUCAGCAAAGUAUUAUUGUAUAUAAUAAAAGAUUUUUAAUCACGUAAACAUCGUGCUGCGUCAUGGUAUAAUGAUGGAUUGCCUCUUAAUAUUUACGUAUUAUGU